GAGGGAUUCAUUCAUUUCCUAGUGUUCGCUGUGAUGGUCAAAACACAAUUAAAUCUUAUACAACAUUUAAUGAAAACGUUUCACAUUAGUAAUUUAGCCGAACAUUGAUGAAUGUGAUUUCAUUUGAACCCAAAAGGUAGGCAUGCAUGGUGAGAGUUUGAGAAUAGUUCAUUAUAAUGAAUGUCUCCGGCUCUCCGUAGAUUCGAGGUCGUGUCGGCUCUGUUUCAUAUUCCGUGAUCUUUAAAGAUCUGACACGAAGGGAUCUCUCUGCGAUUGCCGUCUGACUAGAUCAGUCAUAUCAAGUGAUAAAUCGUUCCAAACUUUUUGUUGGCGGCGCUGCCAGAUUGGCUAUGCGCAUGUGCGAAGGUGUCCAAACUGACAAUGCUGGAGAGAUAGCGAGUCUGGAUUGAGAAACACAGAGAAAAGGACAGAGACAAAAGAAAAAGGAGGAAAAGAUCCAAUAAAAUCGAACAAACCCAAAGCCGAAGGACUGGCACCAUGAGGUCCAAAGGCAGGGCACGGAAACUGGCCACAAGUAAUGGUGACGACUUUGUCCUCUACCCCUCUGAUAUCCUGGAUGAUGUGUGUGUACCGGACGGAGACCCCACGGCACCAACCUUGGCCCCCCCAGCAGAAGACUCCCCCUCCCCUGGCUUCUCCGCUGAUGAUGAUGCCUCUCCCCUGGAGCCAUCCCCCUUCCACUCUGCCCUCUACAUGCCCCAGGACGAGAUGCCCAUUCCCCCCAACUUCCAGCUGCGCCAGUCGGGCGUCCCCGGUGUCGGCGGCGGCCUGGGCAUCUGGGCACAGAGGACGGUGGACAUGGGCGAGCGCUUUGGACCAUACGUGGGCGAGCAGCGGGCGUGCCUGAGACACCGCACCCAAGGCUGGGAGAUCUUGGACGGGUCGGGCCAUGUAAAGUUCUGUGUGGAUGCCAGCGAGCCUGAUAUCGGGAGCUGGCUGAAGCACAUCCAGUUUUCCCCCACGGCCCACCAACACAACCUGACGCCGUGCCAAAUAGAUGAUCAGAUUUUCUACAGAGUGACUCGAGAGAUCCAACCAGGAGAGGAGCUGCUUCUGUACAUGAAGGCAGAGGAUUAUUCAUGUGACAGCAUGGCUCCUGAUAUGCACGAGGAGAGACAAUAUCGCUGUGAUGAUUGUGACCAGCUCUUUGAGUCUGUCUCUGAGCUGCUGGACCACCAGAAGGUUCCGUGUGGGACACCCACCUCAGCCUUCCUGGGGAACCCUGGAGGGGACAGUAGUGACCUGGAAGGCCCCGAAGGCCUGGAGCCCCAUGACCUGCACCUGUCCCACAGCCUCAACCACGACGGCCUCAACCACGACGGCCCCCAGGAGUGUAAGGAGUGUGAUCAGGUGUUCCCCGACCUCCAGAGUCUGGAAGCUCACUCUCUGUCUCACUCGGAGGAGAGGGAAUACAAGUGUGACCAGUGCCCCAAGGCCUUCAAUUGGAAAUCCAACCUGAUUCGUCAUCAGAUGUCACAUGACAGUGGCAAGCACUACGAAUGUGAAAACUGCACAAAGGUGUUCACAGACCCCAGUAACCUGCAGAGGCACAUCCGUUCGCAGCACGUGGGGGCGCGGGCUCACGCCUGUCCCGAUUGCGGGAAGACCUUUGCCACGUCCUCUGGCCUGAAGCAGCACAAGCACAUCCACAGCAGUGUCAAGCCCUUCAUAUGCGAGGUGUGCCACAAGUCCUAUACGCAGUUCUCCAACCUGUGCCGCCACAAGCGCAUGCACGCCGACUGCCGCACCCAGAUCAAGUGUAAGGACUGUGGCCAGAUGUUCAGCACCACCUCCUCCCUCAACAAGCACCGGCGCUUCUGUGAGGGCAAGAACCAUUUCACGGCAGGGGGGUUGUUCGCUCAUGCCCAGGGCAUGUCUCUCCCCGGUGUCCCUGGUGCCAUGGACAAGGCCGCUAUGGGUGGGAUGGGGCACAGCAGUGCCAGCCUGGCAGACUACUUUGGGAACCGGCACCACAGUGGCCUGACGUUUCCAUCCGCCCCUGGCUUCCCCUUCAGCUUCCCGGGCCUGUUCUCUUCUGGACUGUACCACCGACCCACCCUCAUCCCGGCCACCUCCCCAGUCAGACGGCCCCCAGGUCCAGGUACGGAGCACAGCAAGGGCCCCCUCCUGUCGCCCAGCCCCAGGGCCCAGGAGGCCAGAGAGCUGCUCAAGACCCUCCGUAAGGAGGCAUCGCCCGGCAACGAGCAGCCUCAGGGGACAGAGCAGCGACAGGCCCAGGGCUCCUCCUCCAAGCAGAGGCAUGGCGGCGGCAAGAUGAGCAGCCAAUCAGAGAGCAGCGACCUGGAUGACGUGAGCACGCCCAGUGGGAGCGACCUGGAUACCACGUCAGGCUCGGAGCUGGAGAGCGACAUGGAGAGCGAAGGCCAGCGGGAGAGGGCACCCCGGGAGAACGGGAAGGGGCCCAAGAGGAAGGCGGGCGGAGGCCCCCAGAGCCCCACCAUCCAGACCAGUAACCAUACUAAGGAGUUCCAAGGCGGCCCCGCCUUGUUCCCUCCCUCGCUGGAUGAGCACACGGCUGUCUCAGGGGCGGUCAAUGACUCCAUCAAGGCCAUCGCCUCCAUCGCUGAGAGGUACUUUGGCUCCACGGGGCUGGCGGGCCUGCAGGACAAGAAGGUAGGCACCCUGCCCUACCCCUCCAUGUUCCCCCUGCCCUUCUUCCCAACCUUCUCCCCACCCGUCUACCCCUUCCCAGAGAGAGAGCUCAGACCUCCAGGUCUCAAGGGGGAGCACCAGUCCCCACCUGAUGAACCCACCAAGAAAGGCCAGAGCAGGACCUCUGAGUCGCCCUUUGACCUUACCACCAAGCGCAAGCAGGAGGAGAAGGUCCCCGCCCCUUUACCCCCGUCUCCAAUUCCAAACCGGAGGCCCUCACGUUCCACCAAUCAGGACCAGCCGCUGGAUUUGAGCAUGGGCGGCCCGAGGCACCGCAGCAGUAGCCGCACCUCCCGGAGGGAGGAGUCGAAGAAGAUCCACGUGUUUGGAGAAGACACGGCAGGGGUGGAGCUUCCUAAAGCCGACACCUCUCUGCAGCACGCUAGGCCCACCCCCUUCUUCAUGGACCCAAUCUACAGGGUUGAGAAGAGGAAGAUGAACGAUCCGUUUGAGGCUCUGAAAGACAAGUACAUGCGGCCCGCCCCCGGCUUCCUCUUCCAUCCACAGUUUCGUAUGCCAGAUCAGAGAUCCUGGAUGUCGGCCAUUGAGAACAUGGCGGAGAAGCUGGAGACGUUUGGUUCGCUUAACCCCGAGUCAGGUGACCUGAUGCGCUCCGUCCCCUCCAUGUUUGACUUCCGAGCCCCGCCCACUGCCCUCCCCGAGACGCUACUGCGCAAGGGCAAGGAGCGCUACACCUGCAGAUACUGUGGUAAACUAUUCCCACGGUCUGCCAACCUGACCCGCCACUUAAGGACACACACGGGAGAGCAGCCGUACAGGUGUAAGUACUGCGACCGCUCGUUCAGCAUCUCCUCCAACCUGCAGCGCCACAUCCGCAACAUCCACAACAAGGAGAAGCCCUUCAAGUGUCACCUGUGUGACCGCUGCUUCGGCCAGCAGACCAACCUGGACCGUCACCUCAAGAAGCACGAGAACGGUAACCUCUCAGGCACGGCUGCGUCCUCCCCUCGGUCAGAGCUGGACAGCAGCAGCGCCAUCCUGGACGACAAAGAGGACUCCUACUUCAACGAAAUACAAAACUUUAUUGGCAACACAGGCCAGAACCAGCCGUCCCCUGACCAUUCUGAGGAAGGGUUGAACGGGGGUCCUUUCGAGGAGGAGAAGCCCCUGAUGGCCAGCCACGGGUCACGUGACCUGGAGGAGGGGGGGGAGGAGCUUGGCGCCGAGGAGGAGGAGGGGGAAGGGGAGCAGAGCGACUCCGCUGCUGGGAAACCUAGAGACGAAGCUCCCCCCAGCAACCUAGAUGAUGACAUCAUACACAACGAAAUAGAAUUUGACGGACCUAGCGAUUUGGACCUCAACUGCAAGACCUCCCCAAGGAGCUAUGAGGAGGAAGAGGAUCAGAGUAGCUACUCUGCGCUGGAUCACAUCCGUCACUUCUCUGACAUGCAUAAGAUGGAGGACAGUGAGUUCAGCGACGGGGACACCUCCUUCGGCUCCCCCAGCCUGCCUGAGGCCGUCAAACAGCCCCUGUACAGGAAAUCCAAGUCCCAGGCGUACGCCAUGAUGCUGUCUCUGGCUGACAAGGACGCACUCCACCCAACCAACCACACACCAGCCACCAUGUGGCACAGCCUGGCGCGGGCCGCUGCUGAGUCCAGUGCCAUCCAGUCCCUCAGCCAUGUAUGAUACCCCGAUCCCUGACCUCUAACCCCCCCCCCCCCCCCCCGACCCCAACCUAUCGCACUGGGAGCCCUUGGGGGCCGUCAGCGGGGCCCCUGGCCCUUGGCCCGUCACAGACUGCCGAGCAGAACCACGGCCCAUCUGACUGCUGAGCAGAAUGCCUUACACACGAGCAGGGUCACCGUCCACAGGGAACCGCCCAGCCCAGCCCUCCAAGAGAUCCAACAAACAUCCCUCCUGUGACCUUAAAUUGAGUCAUUAUGUUUGUUAUCGACGACAAUGAUGAUGAUGAUGAUGAUAGUGAUUAUUGAUUAUGGUGAAAAUAAAAAUACUAAAUAAUAAUAGCUGUAUUUAUUCUGGUGAGUUUCUAUGUUUUGCACAGCAGCGGCGGCUGGUAGGAGGGAUGAUGGAGAUGGUUUUGUUAGAUGUUACAUUGCUAGAGCAUGUCAUGUGUCCACUCAGUGGAACUGUGUCACGUGUCCACUCAAUGUCAUGUGUCCACUCAGCUGAGAACAUUUGUCCUCUGUGUGAUGUCGUUUGUAUUUGGAGAACCCAUUCGGGACCGCGGUCCAACCACGGUUUGAUAUGUGUACAGAGUACAGACCCUACCUAGCCCCACAUAGCCCAACCUAUUCUUACCAGGCCUCACCUAACCACCCCUAGCUCCAUCUAGAAUCACAUAAUCCUACCUAGACCUACCAUGCCACAAUACAGCUAACUCACCCCACAUUGCCCAACCUAGACGGAGACCUGGCCUUCAGACCAUCUCAGCUGGAUUGGAGUAUCAGUGAAAUAUGUUACGAGAAUGAUUCCCCUUAACCCCUGGAUAUAAACAGGUGUUUUCCAUCAACAUGUACUUAUAUAAAUGCUAGGAUACUUGGAAGGGUGGUGCUGAGGAAAGACUCGGGUCCAAAUGAACCACACCUCUCCGAGAAAGAUGGUGCUACAAACGCAUUACGACAAGAUUGUUGAUAAAUGAAGAACAAAAUAAAAAGAAACAUUGAAAACGGAGAAAUAUCGGACUGGUUUUACCACCUAAGAAGGAGUUUGCAUAACUGCGUGUGUCUGCACAAUCACAGAACUGUACACGAGUGUCUGCAAACUGCGGCUCUGAAGCUGCACUCGGUCCCACCCUGCUGCGCUCUCUGUGAAAGGAUCUAAGUAGUUUGUCGUUUUAGCGGAAGAAAAGAAGAAAACCACAAUCUUUUUUUUUUACUCUGAAAAAGUAGCAAGUGCUGAAGUUUAUCGUUAUUAAACAGUAAAAAAGGCAUCUCUCCCCCUUUCUCGAAACCCCAAACUCAUCGUAGUCGGCCAACGAUACCACUAAUUAGCCUAAAUGCUAGUCGUUAGCUACCCCCAUCCUCGUGUCUUUCAUUUUUUAGACAAUCAUGUUUUUUUUGUGUUUUUUUUUGUUGUUGUUGUUGAUGUUAUUGCUGUUGUAUGUUGAGAAUUGUAUUUAUUUCUUGGCAAACUGUAGUUUGUUUACUGAAUAGCACUGCUCUUACCCAUAGUGAAGGGGAGAUUCCUCGCUGGGGCCUACUCCAGAACUCAAUGGGGUUUGUAGAUGACGUUUGAGUGCCGGAUAGUAUUAAACAUACCAUUCACUCUUUAUUCUUCUAAUGAAACUGGUUGAUGAUGAAUAGAUAUUACUUUGGGGUUUUUUUGUACGACAAUGUAUUGAUCCAAAUGUAAAUGGAAAAAACAAAACCUUCUAAAGACAUGAACAAAGAAAAAGAUGCCAGGUAGAAGUUCUUCAUAAUCGCAUGAUUGGUCUCCAUAGAUCUGUAUCUGGCAGUUUUCUACGGUUGUCUGCAAGCUUGUGUGACGUUCAGUCAAUGUUAAUCCCUUGUGCCAAACCUAUAAUAAAUAACAGAUUAUAUUCAUUUAUCCUCCCAUUUUGAGGGACCAGAUUGUUGGUUUGUUUUUUGUUUGUUUUCUGUCAUUGAUGUUUCUGUUUUUGUUUAUAAUCCAUUUUUAAAAAGUAAUCAGCAAGUUGAGGUACUUUGUUUUAAUGCUUUCUACAAUGUAACUGUAAUGCAUUUCAAUUCAAUACUGUGGGAGGAGCAACUAAGAAAUAAAGGACUACAAUGUGGA